AUGGGGGCCGCAUACCCCACCUUGGAUGAUAUCCUGGAGGAGGACAUGCAUCAUUGGUACACCAAAUUCAUGAAGGAGUCCCCUUCAGGACUCAUAACGCUCUUUGAGCUCAGGACUAUGCUCGACAUGAACGGAAUGACAGAGGAGGCCAGCAGCUAUGUGGAACAGGUCUUCCUUACCUUUGACAUGGAUAGGGAUGGCUAUAUAGACUUUGUGGAAUACAUCGCAGCAAUUAGUUUAUUGCUAAAAGGAGAAAUUAACCAGAAACUCAAGUGGUACUUCAAGCUCUUUGAUCAGGAUGGAAAUGGGAAAAUUGACAAGGAGGAAUUAGAGACCAUAUUCAAGGCUAUUCAAGAUAUCACCAGAAGUUAUGACGUCCCUCCAGAAGAAAUUGUAACUCUUAUAUAUGAGAAGAUUGAUGUCAACGGAGAAGGUGAGCUGACCCUGGAGGAGUUCAUCAGUGGAGCCCACGAACAUCCCGACAUCAUGGACAUGCUUGGCAAGAUGAUGGAUCUUACAAACGUCUUGGAAAUUAUCCUGAAUGGUCAACUGAAGAGAGCUAUAAACUGA